GUUUUCUGUUCUACAAUAUAAUGUUUUUAUAGACAUUGUUUAUUUCCGGGUAUCUUUGACUCAUUCGUUACCAUUCAUUGAAAAAAAGUAAAUAGAAAGGUCUUAACCAAAAAAAGCCAUAUCAGAACGUAUACCAUAUAAUUAAUAGCAGAUUUAUAUUCAACAUUAACAUAGCGUUAUGUAACUAAAUAGGCCUGCAGCCCUGCAUAUUUCUAUUUAAUUUGUAUAAUACUACUUAUUUAACUUAGUAAUUAAUGAAUGUAGUCAUAGUCGACGUAGUUACUCAGACUGACAGAGUUACUGUUCUCAACUGUUGUGGUAGACUUGUAGAUGAAUGAAUGUCGACUAGUAGUUGUAUUAGCCUCGAGUCUGUUAUGACAGGAUGUAGGAGUAGCCCUAAUUUAGCUAUUAGCAGUAGCCGGUUUAUGUACCUUAUGUAGGCCUAUGAUGUCUAGAUCGCCUAGGAAUACUACUUAAACUUACUUUAAACUUAAGUUUAAGGCGGCAACUGAUACUACUGAGAUAGUAGUAAAUAAGUCAUAUUGUAGUGCAGUGUAAUUGUAGGUAGGCCUCUGUAGGCUAAUUACAUUUUUAUUUACAAUGCAGUGAUUAGGUCUACUGAUCCUCAUCAGACAUUAGAGAUGCAUUAAGUACUGAUACUGAUAGGCUUAUAUUAUUAUAUAAAAUCUUUUAAAAAUGACGCAAUGGCACCAUCAAUUAAUUUAUAAAUUAUUAAGCCUAGAAUAUAGUCAUUAGUGUGGAAGCCAAAUAUGAUACCUAUGCUAGAGUCUAGAACAUGGGCAUAGCUACAGCUAGGAUAAAAGUGACGCCUGGGCCCUGGGACGGGUCAAGAUUUUUUCUGCCCCCAUUCCAUGAAAAAAAACUCUGCAGUUGUCCAAAAAUGGCUCACCUCCAUACAAUAAUGAAUAAAAGAAUUGUCACCCAGUCCCUCACCCCUGAUCUUGUCUAAUUAGUAAUUUACACUGACACUGGGAUUAUAAGGAAGAAAGGAAUUCAUAAAUUAAAUAGUUACAGUCGUAAUUUUUACAAAUUGAGGCUUCUGCACUUGUGAGUUACUUAAGGCCUGCCUACUCACUGCUACUCAAUAAUUAUAAAUCAGUUCUAUAGUUCCCUUAGGUGAAGUAAGGCAUACGCCUUGUAAUACUAAGUAGGCAGUGUCUACAGGUCUGGCGCGCCGGAUGUAUAUCUCCCGUACUAUUUGUCCGGCGACCAAGUCACAUGACCGCCGUAACAAAGUGGCGAGAGAUAUCUUGUUGGUCAGCCUUGUCACGUUGACUGCGAAUGAUUCAAAACUAUUAUUAAUUUUAAAAUCUAUUUCUCUACCAAGUAAUGUACUGAGUAUCUUGAAUGCAAAUAAUAGAAAAAAACUUAAGUGAAAGAGGCUUGUAAACAUUUUUGUUUAGUUUGUUAUUUGAAUUUGUGUACCAGUAAUACAUAAAAUAAAUUAGGGGCCAGUGUGGAGUAGGCAACCAAUAAAAGUAAAAGAUUUCAUUUUAAAUUGUUUAAAUUGCUACAAAAUAUUUAAAAACUUCUCAUGAAACUACUGUUGCUGAUGAACAAGAUAUUAUAAAUAUAGUAUAAAAUAUUUUUAAUUAAAAUGGGAAGAAAAAAAAAAAGAUCCCCGGUAUUGAUCCUCAAAUCAUAAUAACGCCUAGCGUCCACUCUACCAUUAGACCACACAAGAUCUACCAAACCGCACUUCGUUCGGAAUUAUAAAAGCUACUAGCCGUCCGGCGGUCACGUGACAUGCCGCCGGACGUAUAUCUUGGGCACUAUUUGUCCGGCGCGACGGACGUGUAGACACUUCGAUUCAUCGUACUUAGUAACUAAAACUGGAUAUUUCUCCUAGUAACUAGAAGUCUUGAUAAUUUACUUAAUGAUAGUAGUAAAAAUGUCUGAAUGUUAAAAAGUAAGCCUAAAGUCUGAAGUGAAAAAUUAAAGCUCUGCUUAAUUAUACAAUUAUUAUUAUUAUAAUUAGUAUAGACAUAUUUCACAUUCAUAAAACAAUGACAAAAUAUUUUAAAUACCGGGUACUGAAUAUCACUAAUGCUAAUACUAUCUAAAAGGCAACUAAACCUAUAGUCUAAAUGUUAAAUAAAACUAAUUGAAGUAUUAAUAAAUUACAAAUGUCUAAUUUAGUAAUAUUAGUAUAGACUAUAUUGUUAUAGACCUAUACCUGUGUUUCCCAAUGAGGCAUGUGCACCCCUGAAGUGGACAAUUUGAAAUCUAUGGGGUUAAAUUUAGAAUCUGGAAUAGGGAAUUUAUUUUUAUAGGCCUGUAUGUACAAACUGACCUAAUUAGAUUAAUAGGGUUGAAUAAAAUGUGUAUUAUAUAUUCAUUGCCACAUUUGACAACUGACACUGGUAACCAAUAACUGAUACCCAGUUUAUUAAUGAAACCAUUUGUAAAAUUGUAAUUGUCAGGAAUCAUAAGGCCUAUUUUUCAUUUGUUUAUUUCAUAAGAAACUACCAACUUAUUAAGUGUAAACUAAUUUUCAUCUCCUUUUUUUCUAUACUAUCUAGGUCACAAAGUAAGGGAGGUAAAAUUAUGAUUUUUUAGCUAAGGUGUAAAAAUGGCUGAUGAAAUAGAAGAACCCCUACCUUCCUCUCCACCUCUUCCUAAGAAAGGUUCAUACCAAAUUGACUUUGACACUCUAGAUGACACAGUCAACCCAUUUCAACCUAAGGUUAAACUGGGCUCUUCGCCACCAAUUAAAGUUGGCAAUGUUGCUCCAAAAUUUGGGGAUCCUGAUGAUUGUAUAGAUCCUUUCAAACCCAAGGUUAAGCUGGCCAGUUCACCUCCAAGCUCUCCAAAAGCGAGGACAUACAAUAAUAAUAUUGAAGAUGGGUCAGAUUUGCAGAGUACUUCCAUCCUUAAAGAUAUCCCAGAUGAUGUGGAUAAUAUUACCAACAAUGCCCAUCCAUCUGUAAAUAAAAGUUUAGAUCAGUUAGUUGAUUCAGAGAUUAAGUCACCAGGCAUUCCUAAGUAAGUCAAAAGUGUGUCAAUUGCUAUUAAAGUUAUCCUUUACUUAAUUAAGAAAUUUCAAAAAAACAAAAGAAUUUUUUUUUUUUUACUUAACUUAAGGAAUGCAAGGAUUGUAAACAAAAAAGUUUUUUGUUCAUAUAAUUGUGCUUCACAGAAAUAAAAAAAAUUAAAAUGAAAACACAAGGUGGGUUAGUGUAAUUUAAAUUCUUAAAUGAAAAACAUAAGCUAUCAGCAUUUUUACUUUUUAAGCAUUGAGCUGUGUGACAUCCUGGCAUCUAUCUUAUAGAAUUACUAAUUCACAUUGUAUUUAACAUAAAUAACAUGUUAAUUUAUUUUUCAUUGGGAAUAAAAAGGAUAACUUUUGUAUUUUUAUCACAGGCCUAAAAAGAUUGUGAAAAAAUCUAAAAUUCAAUCCAAGCUGAAACUUCCUAAAACUGGGAAAUUGCCUCAGGUAACGUAAACUGAUUUUGAAAUUUCUAAAUGUUUUGUCCCCAUACUUUUUUCAGCUUUUUAAAAAAAUUAUUUUAUAAAUAGAUAUAAAUGACUUGAGACAAUUAAUAAUAAUAUUAAAGUUUAUUUAAAAAACACGCUUCAUCCCCAAAGGCUCAAAGCGCUGUACAAAGUAAAAAUAUAUAUAUAUAUAUAUAUAUAUAUAAUUUACCACAUUUAAAACAAACGCAACACUAAAAAAAAGUCAUUCUACCCAUUUCAACCCUUAGCAACACAGCCAAUAUGCUUUAACUGGAAAAUAUGGUAGACAAUCAUCCCAGAAGGGGUUUGCGAAAUAGAUGUGUCUUUAAAUCGGUUUUAAAGGACUCCAUAAAAUGAUUCUCUUAUAUGAAUAUAUUUUUAAUAUAUAUAAAUAUAUUUUAUAAAGGGCUAUAAAUGAAUUGAGACAAUUUCACAAAAAUCAAUUCUCUUAUAUAAAUAUAUUCAAUUGUGCAAUGUUUAUCAGUAACAGUUGCUGCUGCUAUGCCAAAAAAAGUUAUAUUUUAAAAUAAUAUAAAAUAUAUAAGAAAACUUAGUGACUGCUUGUUACUUAUUCUCUUAUUUAAAAUUUAUUUCUAACAUAGUCUUCAAAUGAUGAGAUUCAAAUAUUCAUGCCUGGUGUCAAUGAGAAUAAUUCAAAAACUGCUGAUGACCCUGAGGCCACAAAUAAUUUGCAGUCUCCACAAAGUAAACUGUUUAUUAAGAAAAAAGAUUCUUUGAAUGGUGAGGGUAGUUCAACAGCUGAGGGAGAUUUAACAAGAUCAGAUGAAAAAGAAUUUAUUGAUUCAUCUAAUGGUGAGAUGCCAUCUUUUUCUGCACCUGAUGCAAUGGCAUCCAGCUCUGAGAUAGACCCUCAGUUUAUUGAACGGGAUGACAUGUAUGAAACCAAUGAAGGAUUUAAUCCCAGAGUUGAGGGUUAGUGGCUCAAUUUUAACCACGAUUAUGUCUUUAGAAAUAUUAGUAUUUUUAUAUUGAGGUUUAUAAUUUCUGUUUUAAGAAGAACCCAUCAUAAUUAUUAUGAUAUAUUACAUGUUUCAAUCUUAUUUUCAUGCUAAAUUGAUGGGAAAAUGCAUAACUUUAAUUAAAAUUUCUUGUUCCUUUCUUCAUUCAGCUUUUGAUAACUGCAAAGAAUGGGAUCCUUUAAGUAAAUCACCUAAAGAAAAGGUAAACCAUCUAGAUUAUUUUUUUAAUGUCAGUGAUCCUCCUUUGUCUUUUGUUAAAAAAUAACGAAAAACUAUUUCAACUAUUUGCGACAUAAUCUCCACUAUAAAAAAAUACUUGAUUGAAAGAAGUGCUUAUUUUUUUACCUUAGGAUAAGGCUUUAAAAUCAAAAGAUGGGUCAUCAUUGAUGGAGACUGAUUCACCUAUCACACCUUUUAAAGGUAAGUGGCACAGAAUGCUCACAUUUACAACCAUUUCUGUCUAAACAAAUUUUCUUAAUGUAAAUAAAAUCAAGUUAAACAUUGUCCAUGCAUACUUGAGAUUUGUUGAAAAAAAAAAAAAAACUGGAGUAUUCAUUUCCAUGAGAAUGCCUACAUCCAUACAUAUGAAUUACAGUGCAACAUAUGUACCAUACUGACAGAUUUGUGUACCAUACAUAAAUACUGCCACAUUACUAUUACCACACAUUUACAGCCACACACCCAUACGCUCAACUGCAGAUUUUGUUCAUUGGAGUUUUUAAUAAAUUUUCACCACAAGCACAAUUUGAAAUAGUUAGUUUGCUCAUACUUCUAUACUUAAGACCAAAAUGAUCAUUUGCCAGAUAAUUAUUAUCCUAUAAAGCCAAAUUUGAAAAUAAAGCAACAUUCAUCAUUUGAAAAUUUAAUAACGAAAGGGGAUACAUGGCUAACUUGUGUUUAUCUUGUUAUUAACUGUGUUGUAAAAUACAACCUGAGUAUCCUUCACAGAAAAUAAAAUCAGCCAGUUUCUGUAGAGGCAUAAUUUUUUUUUCUAAACUUGUAGACUUGUAAACUUGUAUCCGUGUCUGUGAUGGACAUUUUCUUCUUUUUAUCUCACACCAAGUUUGGAAUUGUUUUCCAACUUCAUUGGUUUUAAAAUUUUUACUCAGGGGUUAUCUCCUCCCCCAAGAAAAGUUGUCUAGUGGACAAAUAUAAUAGGGAUUAUUUGUUUGAUAAAUGAAGAUCAAUUAUUUGUUUCAAGACAAAUACAUCUCCAUGACAUAGACAACAUAAUCUCAUUAUAUUUACAUAAAGUUUCUGUAUAAAUUUGAUGGAACUAUCAGUCUGCUUUCUUUAAUUUAUAUUGCUAACAUAAUUUUCUCUUUCUCAUAUUCUUAUUUCUACAAAUAUUUUGUAGUUUUUCUGAUAUUCUGUUAAGAAAGUAAUAUAAGGAGGAUACUUAAAAUUUCUACAAUAAUAAAAUUGAAAACUGUGUCUAACAUAGUGUGUCAGUUUCUAAGAUAACGUGUCAAUGGCUAAGAUAAUGUCUGUGUCUCAGGUAAUAUGACAGUGUCUAAGGUAAUAAAACAGUGCCUAAGAUAAUGUGAUAGUGACUAAGAUAAUGUGUCACUUUCUAAGAUAAUGUGUCAGCGGCUAAGAUAAUGUGUCAGUGCCUAAUAUGUGUCCAUGUCUCAGAUAAUUUGACAGUGUCUAAGAUAAUAUAACAGUACCUAAGAUAAUAUGACAGUAUCUCACAUAACAAGACAGUGUUUAAGAUAAUGUGACAGAGUCUAUGAUGAUGUCUAAAUGUUCAAUACAACCUGAGCUAUUGUGAGCCUUGAGGCACUUUUUACAGUCAUUUUCAUACAGACAUAAAAGAGAGCAGUUCUCUAAAGACAUAUAAAAGGAUUUAUUCAGAUGCAUAUUUUAUUGAGAUUGUUUUCAUACAAUAAUUUUUUGAUUUUUAUUGGUGUUGAAACACUUAAUAUAGCCUCUAUCAAAUUAUAUACAGGUAGCAUGAUCACAUAAAAGAACUUAACUCUUUUGACUACUAAUCAUUUUAGGCCUGAUUUUCUUUUGUUGUCCCCCUUAAUUUUUUCAUUUAAUUUUUUUUUUUUUUUUUCUUUUUUGAAAACUGUAACACCAUACAAUUAAGGGGAUCAUUAAAGUGGGGGUCUAAAACCUGUGGACAAAAAUUUGAGGAAACGCAAGGAAAUGGGGGGGGGGGGGGGUUUUCUUUUUUGAAAACUGUAACACCAUACAAUUAAGGGGAUCAUUAAAGUGGGGGUCUAAAACCUGUGGACAAAAAUUUGAGGAAACGCAAGGAAAUGGGGGGGGGGGUGGUUUUAAGGGAAGGAAUACAAAGUGAAGCAACUUUGACUGUUGAAUAAGGGGUUUGGUGAAGAAGCUUGAAUAAGGGGUUGGGUGAAGACCAUUGAAUAAGGGGUUGGGUGAAGACCAUUGAAUAAGGGGUUGGGUGAAGACCCUUGAAUUAGAAUAGGGGAUUGGGUGAAGGCCAUUGCAUUAGGGAUUGGGUGAAGACCCUUGAAUAAGGGGUUGGGUGAAGACCAUUGAAUAAGGGGUUGGGUGAAGACCCUUGAAUAAGGGAUUGGGUGAAGACCCUUGAAUGUGGGGCUGGGUGAAGACCCUUGAAUAAGGGAUUGGGUGAAGACCCUUGAGUAAGGGAUUGGGUGAAGACCCUUGAAUAAGAAUAAGGGAUUGGGUGAAGGCCAUGAAUAAGGAAUUGGGUGAAGAUCCUUGAAUAAGGGAUUGGAUGAAGACCCUACCUAAGAUCUUAUCUGAUUGCCAGUUGUGAUCUACGUUAAAUGAUAUGGUCAUUAUUAGUAAUGAUAUACAAGGACUGCUAGGUACUACAUUAAAUGAUAUGUUCAUUAAUAGUAAUUAUAUAUAAGGACUGCUAGAUAAGUAGCAGUUAAACCAAAGAUGAAACAUUCAUGUUACAGGAUUGUUUAAUUUAAUUAAUAUUACACAUAUUUUUAAACAAUUUUAAGCACCCUUUACAAGUUCAUUCACUAUUUGAUGACUGAAAGCACUCUAUACAUGUACAUAUAUAUAAUAUGUCCUAAUUUAAAAGAACUAUAAAUGUGCAUGUAUAUCUAAUAUUUCCUAUUUUAAAAUAGUCUAUAAAAGUACAUGUACAUUUAAUGUUUCCUAUUUUAAAAGAGACUAUACAUGUACAUUUAGAUGAAUUGAUAAAGAGAUACCCGCUAUCUUGCUGAAAUGUUAGGCCACUCCCCCUAAGGCAUUAAUGCAGACAAAGUGUCUGUCCAACCAUCCUUUUCUGGAUACCACAAAUACAUCAUAACGCAGUUUGUGUGUGUACACAGCACAGAGAUAUCUCCCUCUCCACAUAAUACAAAUGUCAAAAAAUUCUAGUCAUGUACAUGUAAUGUGAUAUCAGACAUUACCUGACACCAGCUCCCUGGGUACCCCUGAAGCUAAUCAUCCCAAUGCCUGUGGUAUGGCUGUCUGUGUUAUGGCUGUCUGGCUGUGAGAGUAACAACUUAUGAGCAUGCCAUGCCUUCAAUAUGAAGACAUCUUUUAUGCAUGACUCAUGUUUUAACAAUUCCCAAAUCAAUAUCAUCUGUCUGCUGCUUCUUAUUGAUCUUGGUAAAUUAGCAUAUUUAUAUCAUUUCCCACAAAGCAUUGUACUGUGCUAACCUGUUUAAGGAGGCUAUUGGAGCCUCAUGUGUUUACAAUCUGUCACACAGCAUUGUACUUUGUUAACCUAGUCCAAUUUGGGUAGUAAAGAGUAUGAUAGCAUGCACACAUCUUAACAGCCUUGAUGACUAUGUGCCAUAUCUGAUAUUCCUGAUGAAUGUGGGAAACAUAAUACAAUAUUGAUGACUUUGGGAAACAUUCAACAAUCAAUGAUGACUCUGACACACGUCUGACAUACUUGAUGACUGUUUGGCACAACAAAUAUCCUUGAUGACUAUUUGAAACGUCUUAAAAUCCUUGAUGACUAUUUGAAACAUCUGAAAUCCUUGAUGACUAUUUGAAACAUCUGAAAUCCUUGAUGACUGUUUGACACAUCUGAAAUACUUGAUGACUGGACACAUCUGAAAUACUUGAUGACUGUUUGAUACAUCUGACAUACUUGAUGACUGGACACAUCUGACAUACUUGAUGACUGGACACAUCUGACAUACUUGAUGACUAUUUGACACAUCUGACAUACUUGAUGACUGGACACAUCUGAAAUACUUGAUGACUGCUUGACACAUCUGACAUGCUUGAUGACUAUUAGACACAUCUGAAAUACUUGAUGGCUGUUUGACACAUCUAACAUAUGCUCUGAUGUAUUUACCUCAGCCGAGCUCUCCUCCCUCCCCCCCCCCCUUUUUUGUUUUUUCUUUUUCGGAAAUUCUUUUACUUAUUUACUUUAGGUCGUUUUUCAGGGAAAUCAAUGAAUCAAUGCCAUCACUUUCAAUUCCUUUCAAUAGACUUUCUCUUUACAAUCGCCCAAUUCUAAUACGGUGGCACUUCAUCACGCUGUAUAACAGGGCGCCACACGCUGUAUAACGGGGCGCCAGUGCGCGCGGAUUUCUGUUGUAAACUAUUAAGAGUUAACUCAGUGAUGAGGACUGGGGCAACAUGCACACGCGGGGGUUGGCCGGUGGACGGCUUCGGCCGACAGCUGUCGUCAACACAGAGCAUUUCAACCAGGAAGAGAGAAGUACAACGCUGAGUCAUUCCUUUGAUUGUUACGACGGUCGUGUCACCUCUGGUCCCGUUAACAAUGAGAGGAUAGGAAAUGCUUAACAGGGUACUCGGUGCCUAACAGGGUACUAUGUUUCUAACAGGGUACUCGGUGUCUAACAGGGUACUCGGUGGCUAACAGGGUACUCAGUGUCUAACAGGGUACUCGGUGGCUAACAGGGUACUCAGUGUCUAACAGGGUAUUCGGUGUCUAACAGGGUACUCAGUGUCUAACAGGGUACUCGGUGUCUAACAGGGUACUCGGUGUCUAACAGGGUACUCGGUGUCUAACAGGGUACUCAGUGUCUAACAGGGUGUUCGGUGUCUAACAGGGUACUUGACAAAAACGUGAGCUCAAGUUACGCACAUUUAAGAAUGCCAAUUUUGCUACACCACUCCCCCCUCUCCCCCUUCUCAUGAUACGUCACUGCACACUUUGUAUUUCACUCUAUAAAUAUAGCCGACCCGCGGCUUAGCAGACGCCGCGAGCUUGUUGGGGUGUGCGCAUGGCUGGCAAGCGAUGGGGGGGCGGGAGGGGGGGGGGGGUGUUAGCUCCACCGCAGUGCGCAUGUCUCGAGACCAACGCUGGGCAGGCAAGGGAAGGGAGGGGGGAUUUGCCUGCGUCCGUCUUGCUUGCUUGCUGUGGCGUAUCUAUAUAUAGCCUGCGUGGUCGUCGCCUUCAUGUUUGCCCUACUUCUGAUAAAAUAUAUCAGUGAUUCUCAACCUUCCUAGUGCCGCGACCCUUUAAUACAGUUUCUCGUGUCGUGGCGACCCCCAGCCACACAAUUAUUUUCGUUGCUACUUCAUAGCUGUAAGGAUAUGUGUUUUCAGAUGAUCUUAGGCGACCCCUGGAAAAGGUUGCGACCCACAGGUUGAGAAUCGCUGAAAUAUAUAGAGAGAUUGUAUUGCAAUGCAAUACAUCCGACCCACCCCAUCACUUUCUUCACCCCACCCCCAUUUUUCAUGUUUCCCAUAAUCUUGUGAUCGCUUCCAACAUUAUCGGUAGUUGAAACAACCAUGGUCAAGUUUGUUAUGCGGUGCACAUUUUUUAAAGCCUUGCAUAUUCAUUUUAACAUAAUAUGAUUUGUACAAGUUUCUGUCGGUUAUUUUGUCAAUGCAACGAAUCAUUACAUCACAAACUAUAGGUUAUUUUGUCAAUGCAACGAAUCAUUACAUCACAAACUAUAGGUUAUUUUGUCAAUGCAACGAAUCAUUACAUCACAAACCAUAGGUUAUUUUGUCAAUGCAACGAAUCAUUACAUCACAAACUAUAGGUUAUUUUGUCAAUGCAACGAAUCAUUGCAUCACAAACUAUAGGUUAUUUUGUCAAUGCAACGAAUCAUUACAUCACAAACUAUAGAUUAUUUUGUCAACGCAACGAAUCAUUGCAUCCCAAACUCGACUGCCCAUUGUCAUGUCCACCAAGCUACUUACGGCCUGUAUUGAUGGCAGCCAAGAAAGUCCAGCGAUGCACCAAACGUGUCCGUCCAACACUGAAUGGCUAAUGUUUGCCAAUAAUUGCCCGUGUGCUUGGCCCGGCACUACACCUACUAGCAGGUUACGUUAGCUUCCAGUAUUAAUCACGUGACCGCUUAGCACAAGAUGAGUAAUGCCCCCCUCCUUUUUUCCCACGAGGUGCCUGCAGGCAAACAUAGCCAGAUGGUACGACUACUACCCCUUUUUUUGUUUUUUUUUAGUGGGAGCGAGUUUUUCCAUCUUAUUUUUUUGUUUGUUUCCUUCAAAGAAUGCACCCCCUCCCCGUCCAUCUCUCCCCGUUGAACGGUGUGGCACGCUUGCGCCCAACACAAAGAUAACCACGAGAAUAGCCGACACGUAAGUCGAAGAAAGAAUAUUGAGUAAGCGCGAGCUGUGAAUGGUGGGGAAAGCAAUUCAUUGCACCAGGUUGUGCUCCCGGUUGUGGUCUGCCAGUGAUUAGUUACGUGGUGAGUACCCAGAUUUCUCUUCCUGUUUGUUUGUUUGCUCAUCCCAUACCUUCUUAAAUUGAAAACCCCCAGAUAAUGAAAGUGUAACAAUACGUUGCAUUAUGUUAAGACAAGUGUAUGCAUAUUAUGCCAUAAGGUAGCGAUCAGUUUAUAAAAUACUGGCCACUAGCAUUUCCAGUGUUCAGUGUAUUCAUUAAUAAUUGUAUGUGCAUUAUAUCGACGUGUCUAUAAGAGGUCACUCUGCUGAUAUUGACUUGAAUUAUGUUCUGCACCAUGUAAUAUAGAAGCCUGCUCAAGGAACGCUAUGUUAACAUGAACAAUUCUUAUCUUGAUACGACUUUGAAGUUUGGCUCGUGAUUUUAAAAAGUUUGUUUCAGCAGCCUUAGUUCCUUUGACGUUUGUUAAACGUUGGGAUCUUUCCCAGGCCUAGAUCUUUGUUUGAAGAUCCCGUUUCUUAUACGCCGUCUAAAUAGAUUGACACGAAACCCCUGUGCUAUCACGGUCCUCCAGUACCAGUUUGUCUUUGAAGUGGCUAGCCGUAAACUGAUAACUGAACUCAUUAUCAAGUCUGUAAACUUAUUUUUAAUAUAUUUAUAUAUUUACUUUGGGGGGUGGGGGGGGGGGGGUAAACGUGUAGUUUAUAUACAGGCAUUGUUUACUUUGGAGAGUGAACGUAGACAUGCCCCUAUCCUCCCUGUGUAGGGUAUAUAUAGACAUUAUUUACUAUGGAUAGUGAACCUUAACAUACACCCCCCCCCCCUUUUUUUUUCACUAUCAAGACCAGGGUUUUACAUUCUUAUAUAUCUGGACCCCCAUAAAAUUUUUUGGACGAAAAAGCCGCGCCCCCUAAACAGAGUGACAAUAUAUUUUAAAAUGACAAAAUACAUAUCAAUAUUUAUACCUGUAAUAAAUUAUCUCGUACCGCUAAAAUGCCUGGUUCGGACUCUUAUCCCUGCUUAAACCUGAAACUCCCAAUCUACGACCCACCCCCUUUUCACACCCCAAUCCACCCAUCAACCCGUGUAAUCCCCACCCUCAACCAACCCUCCCCCCCACCUACCUUUCCACACUACUGUGCCAGGAUACCCGUCUUAUGGUAACAUAAGUCUGACUAAACUAGAAUGUGUACCAUCUUUUCACUGUGGGUGUCACUGCCAGAGACUGAACAAACACAAUGGCACUGCAUGGGGCAUCUCCUAGACACAUAUCAACGGUUCUUAACCUUCAUAACCAGACCCUUUCUCCACAGUCACCGAGUCUUAGUGGCCACGCAAAGGAUCAUUUUAAAUUUAGAAUAAUUCAUAUUAUUGAUGUACUUUUCGAUGAUUACAGUUUCAGUGAGUGUGUCCCGAGCCAUUCUACGUCACAAAUACCAUCAUUCCAACACACACAAACACAAUUAUUCGCACACACAAACACAAUCAUGCACACACACAAACACAAUCAUACACACACACAAACACGAUCAUUCGCACACAUAUAAACACGUACAAGAGUACCAUUCAAGUGUGAAAGCAGUACAAUACUCUACCGGUAUAGAGAAGGGCAUAGAAUAAUAUACCAUAUCAAAAUAUGGGACAUAAUUUUAAAAAGCUGUCUAUACUAUACAUUAUAAAAAGUGUUGGACUGUGAUCAAGCUUUAAACUAGAUUAAUUAGCCACGAACACUUAGUGUCACCUAGAACACUUAGUGUCACCUAGAACAAUAUUUAUUAUUAUUAUACGUGGUUUUAUAUAGCGUGGUACCCCGCCUAGGGCUGGGCUCACCACGCUGUACAUACAAUUGAACAAACAUAAUCAAAAAUAUAGAUAUGUUAAGCCGUUCUUCUUGACUUUGUUUCUGUCUGGGUUUUUUAGCCCUAUGGGCGCCCGCAGAAAACUUUCUAGGGGGUGGGGGGCAAAAAAAAAAAUCGAUUAACUUUCUAGGGGGGGGGGCAACAUUUUUUUAGUAAUGUUUUAAUGUAGUUUUAAUUUACUGUAGCGUAUUUGUAUGGUGAACGAACGGACAGGACAUCAGCUUAGUCACUUUCUCUUUUUUUUUUCUUUACUUUAAUACAUUUUUUGUCUAAAAAAAUGUAUCCAAUCAACCCGGGGGGGGGGGCAAUUUCCCCCCCCCCUGCGGGCGCCCAUGGAUAUAGGUAUAUACAUAUUAUCUGCAUUUAAUGUAAACUUAUUUUAAUGUUUUGUUGUUUUACUGAUGAAGGCAUCUGUCGAAAGUCUAUUUGUGUAUUAUGUCAAAUUAUUAUUAAAGCUUAACAUAUAUUGUUAUAUUGACACACAUUAUUUUUGUCUAAUUAAUCGAUAUAAAUUAUAAAACGUAUACUAAUAUAUUCACGCAACGAAUGGGAAUGGGUUUUUUUUUUAUAUCAAACUUAGUGCAUUUUAAAACCUAAUAGACUAAAGCUAUCUUUAAACCCAAAUACGUCACAAGUACGACGCACAUAGCAACAGCUACACAAUUAAUCUCCACUGCAAAACACGCACCCAUUGAACAGAUCAUAUUUCAUUCAUCUUCCCCUUGAAAAAACCGGACAAACUGAUUUAGGGGGGUUGGGGUGGGGCUGAAAAUUUGUUAGAAUGUGCUGUCAUCGGCAGCGAGUCUAUGUGGCAAGUUUUUAGUUCGAUAGGAUGACGGGAAGUGGGUCAAUUGGCCUUCCGAAGAUUGGAAAACACAAUAAUCCUCAUUUAGGAUUGAGAGAACAUAAGUAGACAUAAGCUCUUGUGAAUAUAUUCCAUAUAAUCGAGUGCCUUAUUAUAAAUAUUAGCUUACAGGUGCAGACUUUUUUUGUGUACGUUGUAUCGGUAUUAACCGAACUGGUCAUAACGUAAUGUGGUCUUUUUAUAUUUUACCUCUCAACAUUUCUCUAGCGUUGCCGUUAAUCUGAAUUAUGUUAGGAACCGUAGACCUACAUCCUUUUAGAGAAUGGCAUUCUGCCGUUUUGUCUUGCCAUUCCGAAGAUAAUAUCCGGGACUUCAAUAGACUGUGUACAAUAACCAUGUUUAAACGUAUGCUUUAACCGAUAUAUCAACACGAACCAUCUGGUUGUAGGGUAUAAGAAAAUGGACUAUACAAAUGUUAGCAUAAAUACCUUGAAUGAAUGCUUGUCUCCUGACGUCAAAAAAUCAUCUCGUCUGUUACAUGGAGACGUGUGGAACAUGAAGUUCUAUACAAAUUCCAUCCAAAGUACAUCGAGCAUGUGUUAAAACUCUCUCAGUCUCAGCUCUUGAAUCUAAUAGUCUCUUGGUGUAGAUGUUUUGUAACUAAACAUAUGUUAGGAAUCCUUGGUUAUAGAGAUCAUAUAAGUGUUCCAUCUUCUUCACGGAAACAACUUUCGCAUCAGACAGUGUGACGCCAAGCUCAGAAACACCGGACCGCACACAAAUGGAGCAUAUGCUGCAUGAUGCCAAUAGAAUACCGUAUUGUUUUAGUCCAACGCCUUGAAAUACAAUUCUGUUGAAAUUCGGUCCUACUUUAUCACUGUCGUCGUCUUGAUGUAGCCCCGAGUGCCAGAAUCCCGGCACCACUAUCCCAUGCGUCCAGCUAGUGUACGUCUUGGGUUUAGUGGCGGCUCGCCCCCCACGCUGUCGUGUAGACGCUGCGGCUCGAGGCAGGCGAGAUCAAUAUUCCAGAGCGGAAUGCUGUAGAUUUAGUGACACCCGAGGUCUACCGAAUCUUCCCAGCCGUGUUGUACAUCGGACUCUAGGCGGUAACUUAUGGAGGUCCUUCACCAUGUUCCCUGGGCGUGUUAGUGCCUCAAGCGGUGGAUAGCUACCAUCUGAUCAACACGAUUUUAUGGGGAAACGUACGAGCUGAAGAAACAUGGCUGAAAAAAUCAUGACACUGUCCGGCACGGAGCUGGGUACACGAAGUAAGUGAUUGUUCGGUGUGAGUCUUAUCGUCAACCAGUGGACAGUGGGUCAGCUGAUCCCGUUGCUAAUGUCGUUAGUCUCACAUCCAAGCAGUGGUAGGUUCUGGUGUUAAAUGUGAACACAUUUAUGUAGAGGCGAGAUUCAUCAGUCACGCACAAUAGAAAUCGAUAAUAAAUUGAUCGUGACCGGUGUUUGGCUUGGCCUUUUAACGUGUAGGCGAAUGUCGCAUGUAGCACACUUGGUCUCUGUUGCUUUAGUUGAUAUUCUGUGGAUGUUUUAGUAGACGCUUUAUGUAUAGUUAGUGUAGUUGAACUUUUGUGGAUGUUACAGGAAGACGUUGUAUGUCAAGUUGAUUUUCCGUGUGGAUGCUGUAAGAUAAGAUUCUUUUAUUGUUACAAAUAAAUGGAAACGUUUUGUAUUUUAUCAUUACAGCGUACAUUUUCACUGUUUGCUCAUACUCUUACCAAGACAAAUGUUUUUAAAACCAUAACAAUUUAUCACGGGACAUCUGAAGUAGCUCUCAAGCGCAAAAAUCAGCGGUCAUAUUUCAUGGAACUUCACUCAGUCAGUGACAAAAUUGACUUUAGGAGUGAUUGUUUAGGUUUUGUAGCAUCGGGGGGGGGGGGGGGGGGGGGGGGGGGGGGGGAGCACGCUGGUAAAUUCUGAUAGAUCGGGGAACACAUGAAUUUUCAUAUUAUUCGGUCCUCACAGUUUCUUAAGUUUCUUAAGGGAAAGAAUUCGCUCUGAUCAAGCUGAUCGCAGGUGCUGGUGUCUGUGGUGACGACGGUGGGAUGGACCCGCCAAAAUCAUGUCACUCUAUGUUAAGUUGAUAUUCUAUCGAUUUUAUAGGAAAAGGUCGUGUUAAGAUGAUAAGCUGCUAAUCUUAGAGGAACCAUUUUGGACGUGCAGUUGAUAUUCUGUGGAUGUGAUAGCAAGACUUUGGAGUUACAGCACAUCAAUGUGUUACUUGAUAAAUUUCAGAGCGUUUACUGUUUAGGAAAUACUACUGAAUAUUUAAUACAUUGUAAAGCAUGCACUGUUUAGGAAGGCUAUUAAAUAUGCAAAAUAUCAAGGUUUCACUAUGUUAUAUCAGUUUCCAGUAUCGAUCUACCAGAAUAUUUGUUUUUACUGUAAUAUCUCUAUCACAAUCACAGGCAAAACAGUUUGCACAAUCAAAUCUGUAAACAAUCACAUGCAGUUUUUGCAAUCAAAUCUGCCACAGUCGCAGGCAAAAUACCUUUCACAAUCAGAUGUGUCCCAAUCACUUCAAAGAAGGCUGACACAGAGACGCUCAUUGAAUGGGUUCAGAUUGACUGCAAGUACUAAAACUGUAUUUAAUUAACAAUAUUGGAGUGUCAUACUGGAGUAACCAAUGCAUUUAUGGUUGGACAGUUCUUGAUUGAUGGCCACUUCAUUUAGUGAAUUCAGUUGGUUUACAAUCUGGGAUAACCACUACAAGUAAUGACACUCAUUUUGGUGACAGUCUGGGAAACCACUUCAUGUUAUGACAAUGAUUUGGUGACAGUCUGGGAUAACCGUUGCAUGUAAUGACAAUGAUUUUGUGACAUUCUGGGAUAACCACCUCAUGUUAUGACAAUGAUUUGGUGACAGUCUGAGAUAACCGUUGCAUGUAAUGACAAUCAUUUGGUGACAGUCUGAGAUAACCGUUGCAUGUAAUGACAAUCAUUUGGUGACAGUCUGGGAUAACCACUUCAUGUGAGGACAAUCCUUUGUAAUUGUCAUAAUGAAUAUUCACUUGGUUAAACCUGCGGUCAAAGUAUUUCAAAUAAUUGAAGAGAACUGUUGUUGCCCCGUGCUCACCCACAUCUGGCUUAAUUGUCGCGCUCACAGUCACACGGUGACCUGUGUCCCCCCCCCCCCCCCUUGGUUAAACCUGCGGUCAAAGUAUUUCAAAUAAUUGAAGAGAACUGGUGUUGCCCCGUGCCCACCCACAUCGGGCUUAAUUGUCGCGCCCACAGUCACACGGUGGCCUGUGUGCCCCCCCCCCCCCCUAUCGAGGCGUGUAGCUCGUGCUUAGUCAGAGUUGAAUCUUAUCAGCUGUGUUAGGAUGGCGCCUAACCCUUCGGAGACCCAGGAAACCCCGAUGAUCAAUUUGUAGUAUAUGGAGUUGUGUUCUUGUAAGUACUGUUAUACUGUCAUAUUGAGGUGCUUGUGGCUGUGCGUGUGUGUAAUGCUGUGUCUCAUCAAGCUAGAACAAUAGCCGUGUCAAGUGUGGCACACGUAUUGGUUUUCCACAACGAUACACAUGUAUGUGUGCUGUGGCAGGGCAGAUUUUCUGUGGUAUUUCCAAUGCAAGGGUUGACACCGGUACUCACGGCUAGUCGAACGGAAGCACUGCUUAGGGUGCAGCUAUGGUGGGGUACCAUCUCUAAACAUGGAAGAAAUUUGUUGCUGUUGUUAGGCUAAUGAUGUCGUGUGGGAUAAUGUUGUCGGUGGACUAGUGUUGUGGCCUGUUGAUAUGUAAAUAUAAUAAUCCAAAUAAAAUGCUGCCUUAUUUUUAUUACUUACUUUGAAAUAUGUAAAAAUAAAAAUAUUGUUGACACAAUAAAUUAAUAAAGCUUGUGUAGCUUGCUUCUGACUUAUAAGGUACUCUACCCCUAUACAAAUACUCCCCUAGGCCCUGGCUUAACUGCACACUGGACACAGUCAGUACGGUACUUUACAAUUGAAUCCACUUCAAUAAUUCAUUCAGAUCUUAUACAAUUCAAGUUUUCUCUCACGUUUUUGUUCCCACAAACAAAGUUGUUUCUUAGAGGAUCAUUGUUGUUUUUUAAAAAAUCAUUUCAGAAAAAGUAGUGAAGCAGUCACCAUCACGCCAGCAGUCGUCCAAAGCUCAUAUACCCAGGUAAUGUCAGUGUCAGACUCUUAUGUCAAAGCUCAUACACCCAGGUAAUGUCAGUGUCAGACUCUUUAUGCUGGGGAGUAACAGUUUUUUGGUGUCAGCUGGUGUCAAGUUACAAAAGUAUCUUGUUGGGUGGUUAUGACAUCAUCCUGACAUGGAGGUAGGUUGGACAUAGUCCUGACAUGCAGGUAGGUUGGACAUAGUCCUGACAUGCAGGUAGAUUGGACAUAGUCCUGACAUGCAGGUAGGUUGGACAUAGUCCUGACAUGCAGGUAGGUUUGACAUAGUCCUGACAUGCAGGUAGGUUUGACAUAGUCCUGACAUGUAGGUAGGUUGGACAUAGUCCUGACAUGUAGGUAGGUUGGACAUAGUCCUGACAUGUAGGUAGGUUGGACAUAGUUCUGACAUGCAGGUAGGUUGGACAUAGUUCUGAAAUGUAGGUAGGUUGAACAUAGUCCUGACAUGUAGGUAGGUUGGACAUAGUUCUGACAUGCAGGUAGGUAGGACAUAGUUCUGACAUCAGGUAGGUUGGACAUAGUCUUGAUAUGUAGGUAGGUUGGGCAUAGUUCUGACAUGCAGGUAGGUUGGACAUAGUUCUGACAUGCAGGUAGAUUGGACAUAGUUCUGACAUCAGGUAGGUUGGACAUAGUCCUGAUAUGUAGGUAGGUUGGACAUAGUUCUGACAUGCAGGUAGGUUGGACAUAGUUCUGAUAUGUAGGUAGGUUGGACAUAGUUCUGACAUGUAGGUAGGUUGGACAUAGUUCUGACAUGUAGGUAGGUUGGACAUAGUUCUGACAUCAGGUAGGUUGGACUUAGCUCUGAUAUGUAGGUAGGUUGGACAUAGUUCUGACAUGUAGGUAGGUUGGACAUAGUUCUGACAUGUAGGUAGGUUGGACAUAGCUCUGACAUGUAGGUAGGUUGGACAUAGUUCUGACAUGUAGGUAGGUUGGACAUAGUUCUGACAUCAGGUAGGUUGGACUUAGCUCUGAUAUGUAGGUAGGUUGGACAUAGUUCUGACAUGUAGGUAGGUUGGACAUAGUUCUGACAUGUAGGUAGGUUGGACAUAGCUCUGAUAUGUAGGUAGGUUGGACAUAGUUCUGACAUGUAGGUAGGUUGGACAUAGUUCUGACAUGUAGGUAGGUUGGACAUAGCUCUGAUAUGUAGGUAGGUUGGACAUAGUUCUGACAUGUAGGUAGGUUGGACAUAGUUCUGACAUGUAGGUAGGUUGGACAUAGCUCUGAUAUGUAGGUAGGUUGGACAUAGUUCUGACAUGUAGGUAGGUUGGACAUAGUUCUGACAUGUAGGUAGGUUGGACAUAGCUCUGAUAUGUAGGUAGGUUGGACAUAGUUCUGACAUGUAGGUAGGUUGGACAUAGUUCUGACAUGCAGGUAGGUUUGACAGGAUUCUGACAUGCAGGUAGGUUUUGGAAUCAAUCAAAUACUCUCCUACUAAUGAUCCUCAAUUUCCCUGUAUUUCUGUUUUGCUUCUUAUAUUUCACAUAUUUCCAAAAUCUAUUUGUUCAUCAGCAUCUUAUUUUUCACAGUAAUAAUACAUAAAUUCUUCUACUUCCUGUAAUUUUGGUUUUAGAUAACCCAACUUCUGGCUAUAUCAAUAAUGGAGAACACAUCAGAUUUUGAACUACUUUCAAUUUCUUGUUGUUUCUUCAUUUUUCCCGUCUGCUGAGGCACUGUGCCGAAAUGCUCUUCUUUUAUUGUCCUGUCUAUAUAUGUCAAGCUCCCACAUACCUUGUUCCUGCAGUCCUUCAUUUAUUAGUUGCUGGUUUUUAGUUCUGACAUGUAGGUAGGUUGGAAUAAUUUUGUCACACAUCAUUUGAUUCAUAUUUCUGACAUACAACUAUGACAGGUCUAUAUUUGAUCAAUUGUUUUGACAUACAAUAAAAAAAUGUCUAUGCUUGAUCAAUAUUUCUGACAUACAAUAACAACAGGUCUAUAAUUGAUAAAUAGUUCUGACAUACAAUAACAGCAGGACUAUAUUUGAUCAAUAGUUCUGAUAUCAAUAACAACAGGUCUAUAUUUGAUCAAUAGUUCUGGCAUACAAUAACAGGUCUAUAUUUGAUCAAUAGUUCUGGCAUACAAUAACAGGUCUAUAUUUGAUCAAUAGUUCUGACAUCAAUAACAACAGGUCUAUAUUUGAUCAAUAGUUCUGACAUACAAUAACAACAGGUCUCUAUUUGAUCAAUAGUUCUGACAUACAAUAACAACAGGUCUCUAUUUGAUCGUCAGGGAUGAUGAUUUGCUUGGUAUGAGCACGCCCCCGCAGGGGAAGCAACCAGAGAGUGUAAAGCAUCCUGCCUCCGUGGCUCUGGAAGCUGCCCAGAGAGACAGCAGUUUCAAAGGAGCAGAUUCUAAGGUAAGAAAUCAAUGACCCAACAACAGUUUACUGUUAUCACAAUGCGCCAUGCUAGAUUCAUACUAUUAGUAAUAUCUCUGAUUAUGUUACAUUUGCUUGAAUAAUUGUGCCAGUUAUUAUUAAGUAGACUUACAGGCUUUGUUUUAGUAGAACCAUUCUGAAAUAAUAUUGUCACGCUCUGUCAAAUCUUAAUUAUUUAGGCAAUAUCGGCUCAAUUAACCAUUCAUUUCAUAUUUUCAAAAAUACAUAUUUUGAUAAAUAAGUAACCCAUUUAAUAUUUUUUUCUUAUAAAGUUAACUUAAUAGUUAAAUUUAUACUGGUUAUAUGAGAAAAUUAUUCCUAAGUCUGUGAUUUAAUUGAAGCUAUGAAUAAAUGAUAGCACCUAACAAAUAGCACUUUUUACUUACAACCUUCACCGAUAAACAUAUUUAUUCCUAUAUCUUAGAUUGAUAGCAGUGGUUUUGAACCUCAUUACAGCCACUGACUUAUGAUAUUAGAAGAAAUACAUCAUAGUUGUCUAUGACAUAAAUAAAAACCAUUUAUAGAUUGUAUUUUAUAUCUUACUUUCAAUGUAAAAUAGAAUUUCUUAUGUAAAUUAAAAUAACCCGAUAGUGAGUAAGCAAUCAACAAAGUUUCUAAUAGAGGAUUAUUUUGAACUUAUGAGACUGCAAUAUUUAUAUAGCGCGGUACCCCAGCCUAGAAAUUGUAUAACCUAAAAUAUCUAUCCAAACAUUUCACAAGUACAAUUAUAAUUGGCAUUAUAACUUAUAACAGGAGAAUUAAAUUUUAUUUCUAAAAAUAAAAUACUUUUAUGUUAUCUGUUCUACAAAAUUCAUCUCAUUGGCAUAUAAUCUUUUGAUUUUCUUAUUUAUAUUUUUUUUAUAUUUUAAAAAACUAUAAAGAUAACAUCACCAUGGAUAAAUCAUGGCAGUGACUGUUGUGUCACAUUAUAAUGUUUGCACAUUUUGCCCACCUUACAUUUCCCCUUUGCUUGUUUUUUAUCCGUACAACAAAGAUAAUAUGCGAGGUGAACAUCAAACUGUAAAAGGAAUACAUUAAGCAGAAGGCGUGUUAAAUCUUGAAAUGAUAUCAAGCUUUAACAUACCUUGCGCUCUACAUAUCCUUCAUAUUUGAAGUCACGGUUAAUCUAGAAAUUUUGAAAAGAUAUCUGAAUGUUUUGAAUUAGUUUUGUUAGAAUAAAUAACCAUACUAAUAACAAGGGAAAGUAAAGUUUGGUUUAAAUAAUUUUUUUCUUUAACACUCAAGAACAGCUUUAAGGAUUUUUAAAAGUUGUUAUUUUUUGCUCUUAUGAAAGAACAUAUUUUCUUUAAUUAUGAAAAUAUUAAAGUUCACAAAUUUUUUAAUGUCUACAAAUAUAGAUUUCUUUAUUUUAAAUAAAUUGUUUUCACUUUAAGGGCAUCUUUUUUAUUUGAAUCUGUUUUUGUCUCAGAAAAUGCCAGAUUUAUUUAGCUUUAAAAACAACCAAAUGUAUUCUGUUGAGAAGUUGUUGUUGCUUUUUUUUAGUAUAAUUUCUUUGCAAAAAGUAACUCAGGAUAUCUGGAAAAUCUUAAGACUUUAGACUUCCAGUUCUUGAUUUGUUUUUGUUUAUCUACUUGCAAGAACGAGUCUAGUUCUGAAGAGAGCCAGUUUUAUGACGCUUAUGAUUACCCCCCUGUGGCCACAACAAAAUCUAAGCUGGGACAGGUAUCCUUGCUCACUUUUAGACAUUUUUACAAACCCAAUUAGGCAUGGUGAUGAAAAUAUGGCAACUUAUCAACUUAAGUAUCUAUUAAAAAAACAUUUAUUAAUGUACCUUUAUCAGUACGCUUCAGUUAUGCUUGUAAAUCAGAUAUUUUUUGCAAUUUAGUUUUUAAACCACCUUCACUCCUUUUUAAAAUUCACUAUUUUAAAAAAUAUAUUUUUUUAUAUAUAUAAACAAAUUUCUUAUGUCAUUGCAUUUUUCACCAUAAACCCACAAUAUAACAUUUGACAAAAAUAUUUGUUAAAGCUAAAACUCUGUUGUCUAAUAGUCAUAUUUUGUUUUGUUUUUAGACUCUCCCAAUAACACAUACUGCUAUACUCUUGAAAAAGUAUUUGCCAAUAUUGUUUUAAUGAAGGAUUAUUCUUACCAUUGAAAAGUAUUCUUACAGCUCAUGCACAAAACAACACUAUUAUCUUGAUGAAAAGCUCUUAUUUGAAAUGCUAAACUAUAUAAAUUCACAAUAAAUAAGUCUGUGCUAUUUCUUUGUUCUAAUUGAAUUUGAACAUUAUUAACUCCAAAGCAUGUCUUGGUUCAACUUAAUACUUAUCUCUAGUUAAAUUAACUCGAUAGCACGCAUAAAUGCAAUGUACACUAAAAAGGCAACAAUGUAAAUGUUAAUUCUUUUAACUUUGUAAUUUUCAUUUUUAGGUUGAUUAUUUUAAAAAUAAUUUUAAUAAUCCCAUUAAAUGUAACUACUCACAUUAUAGUCUUAACAACUCUGCUCUCACUUAACAUGUUGUUGUAUUACCCUGGUAUCAGCUUGUAAAUAAAAUUGUUUCAUUCAAGUCUGUAAGGGUUUAAAAUAUUUUAAUUUUCAAUUAAAGGAUUAGUCAAAUUUAAAAGAAUUUAAAUAUGUGGCUUCUUCUGUAGUGCAGCACUGCACAUUCAAUUGAUCACAAAAAGCACAUUCUACUGAAUAUUGCUUCCUUUCUCUAAUUAAAGUAAUCCUAGGGUUUAAUUUUCUAGUGUAUACUACUGUCCUGUAAAAGUGUUUAACCACUUGGAUAACGAUGAAGUUGACGCGACGUCAUGAUCACCCACUUUCAAAGAACUUUUCUGAAAUACUAAGGACGUCACAUCGACGUCAUAUUGCAAUGCUAUAUAUUUCUUUAUUAGUUAAUCUAUAGAGAAGUUAAAAAGCGAAUCCGAUAGAGGAUGAAAAUACAGAAUUUUUUAAAUUAAUUUUUUUAUUAUAUUUUUAUAUUUUUAAAAAAAAAAAUUUUUUUAAUUUUAAAAAAAAUAAAUAAAAAGGUAUUUAUUGCUGAUUCAGCAAAAAUUGAUGCCCGCGCCGUGUGCCCCCCCCCCCCCCCCCCCCAAAAGUGGUAAUCAGAGCCGGUCCUAGGAGUUUGGGGGCCCUAAGCAUGGAGCGUAGGUUGGGGGCCCCGGAAGGGGGGGGGUCCGGGGGUGGAACUCCCUCGAGCUGCUUCCCUUCCCUUGCCUCCGAAUUCAACACAGAAUGAUAAAUUUCAGGAUGAGGUAGGUAACGUGAGUGACACAGACGACUGCAGUGCCAUUUUUUUAAAAAAACGGGGGAUAGAGGGCGCCUCACGGGGGCCCCCUCACGUUCGGGGCCCUAUGCGGAUGCUUAGUCAGCGUAUGCCUAAGAACGGGCCUGCGGAAAUGAAAGGGUAUAGGAAGUGUUCAUAAAAGUGUUGGAAAGAUUUAUAAAAUUGUGGUAAAGGUUUAAAAGAGUGUGUGAAGGGUUUAGUUAUUAAGCUUUAAAAUACAUAAAAAUACUCAUUCUCAGUGUGUUUUUCGCAUUUGGCUGGGGGGUCUCGGAACAUUACCCCCAUGAUAUUCGAGGUAUUACUUUUUGUGUGUGUUUGUGUUUAUAUAUAUAUAUAUAUUGUUCAUUUAAUAAUUUUUUUUUGCUUGGUAAUCUUAGAAAAAAAAUGCCACCAUGUCAAUUGGAAUUCACUAUGUCAUGAUUUCAAAUCAUAACAGAAGUUGGUAACCAUUUUUAUUGCCUUUGUGGUUAAUCUUUUUUACAGAUCUGAUUGAUGAAAUGAAACUUAGCGCCAAAUAAUGCUUGUAAUGUAGUAAACAAGAUAUUAAUACAUUUUUAUUUUGAAUUCUUUUUUUAAACAAAUUCUUGUGUUACCUUUUUUUUUUCUUUUUCUUUUUUUUUUUACUUUCAUUUCUAUACUUGUUUGAAUAAAAUUCAUAUUAGAUACUGAGUGUUUCUUUAAAAACAUAAUAUGAUCUAUUUAAUUUACAUUUAUUAAUACAUUUUUUUUUUGAAUUUUUUUUUUAAAUAAAUUCUUGUGUUACCUUUUUUUUUUCUUUUUCUUUUUUGUUUUACUUUCAUUUCUAUACUUGUUUGAAUAAAAUUCAUAUUAGAUACUGAGUGUUUCUUUAAAAACAUAAUAUGAUCUAUGUAAUUUACAUAUGUUAAAAUAAAAUGACUAUUUGAUGAUAUUAUUUAUCUUAAAACAUAAAAAGCUUAUGGUGUAAUGUAGAGGCUUACAUACUUAUAACCAUGGCAUUUGAUGCAAAUUAAGAUCAAGAUUGAUUCAAUUUUUUUCUUUUCUUUAUUCUGCAUAGAAAAAUAGUACUACAAUGGACCGUGGUCCCAACCAUGAGGAGGGUGGAGAGAACAAAGAAACAGUAGUACAGUUAGUACAGGUAAAAGUAAACAUUGAAUGAUUCCAUUGGUAAACAAUGGUGUUGUUGUAUUUCUUUAUAUACUACAAUGAAAACCAUUUUGUUACCGUGAUACAAAGUAACUUGUUGUCAUGUCACUUUUUCCUCAUCUUCAUUUCAAUCAUAAAUUUUAUUUGACCUUAGAUUUUUUGGGGGUAAAGCCAUGUUCUAAAUGUUAGUGUAAAGUGAGUCAAGCUGCUAUAAAUGUUUUUAUUUUCAAUAAAAAAUUUCUAACAAAAUAUUUGUUGAAACAGUAUUUAUGACUGAAAGUUCUUCUAUUCUUGAGAAAUUAACAAUUUGGUGGUUUAAGAAUUCAAUUACCAAAGCAGUGUGGGUUUUUUUUUAAUGAUCUAUUUUAGUGAAAGGGUUAAAAUUAGCUUCUCAUUCUCCUUUAUUUGUUCACAAUUCUAUAUCGUAGCUUCAAAAUAUUUCUGUUAGCAUUAGUGUUAUUUUCACUUCCGUAUACACAUAAAUGUUGUGUCAUUUGCAUCUCCUGGCUACCUCUGUAUUUUAUCUAUGGAAAUGUAUUUAAUCACAUUGCUUAACAUCAGCUUUUUUGUUACUGCAAUGAGAAUCUAUAAUAAACUCACACCAUAAAAUGGGUAGCUUUUUAUUUUUGUGUGUUUUGUUUUAGGAUCGACCACAUUUCGCUUUAAGAAGGGUAACGGAUCAACAUGAUAAAUAAUUAUGUUUCUGGUUAUGUUAAAUAUUUCAUUGAGAACAGUUGAAGUUAAACAUUCCCUGUUAUAAUAUGUGUUCAAAUAUUACUGAUUUUAAUUUAAGAAGCAAGCAAAUUUAAAAUAUUACUGUAACAUUAAGUUUGGGUGACCAAAAAAAUCAACCAUCAAUGGCAUGCCAGAAAAUUGGGACAAAGCAAAUAAUUAUUAUUUCUUUAACCCCAACCCCCCCCCCCUCCCCAAAUAUUUUUGUGAUAAGGUUUUGAAGCAUACCAACAUAUUUACAAUAAUAUUGUGAAUGAAGUGACCUACUAUAUUAUUAUUUAUGUUAGUGGUGACUUUAAAGUGACUUCCAUUUUUCUGGUGUCUCAUUCAGAUAGUUAUAAUUAUUUGCUCCAGCCAUGCAUUGUUGGUCACCAACUUAUGUUUAUGAAUUGGAGGCAUUUAACAAGGUUUUUUUAUUUUUGCUUCAAGUUAUUCGGAAUUUUACAACAUAACCCUCGUGAGACACCUGGGCCGAUCUCCAGUGCGUAAUGGCGAAAAAGACAAAAGGCUGAUCCAUUGGUCCAAUAAUAAAAGCCUUGAGAUUGGCUGGCUGGUCUUUGUACCAGUUAAUCAGAUUGCUUCUUGCAUUUCUUGCUCAUCUCACCAUUUUAAUGGCGGCUUCCAUGUAUAGCUUAUAGUGUUCUGUCAUUUUAAAUCAAAUUUUUUUUUUUACACACUGACUUUUAAAAUGCUUAAAAAAUAAAUGACCUUUAAAUAUGCCAAAAGGCAUAAUAAGCCCAACGGGAAUAUUUUAUGCAGUUUUUCACACUGAAUCUCAUUCAAAUAUGGGUUAGGACUUAUAUAGGCUUCAACAAUCAUUAAAUUUAACAAACGUCUGCAAGAAAGGCGUGUUUAUUCUAGGUGUAAAAAAAAAAAUUCAUGCAUAAUUUAUUAAAAUCGGGAUAUCUAUUUUGCAUAAAUGUUGAGGUUUUGGAUUGAUUCAUAAAGAUCAUAAUAGUUCAUUCAAUUUCCUACUAGAAUAUAUAUAGUCUUAUAUUUGUAAAAUGAUUAUAUUAUAUUUUUAGACUUUUUUUUUGCAUAGUAAGUGCAGUGCUUUUGAAAAUGGUUCCAUCUUCUUGGCACUGACUGUCCGAAAAGGCUCCGUCUCAAGAGGGUUAAUUUGUCCAUGAUUUCCUUCAUAGUCAGUGUUUUUAAAGUUUGUGUGUCUUUUUGUUUUGUUAUUUGGUGUUUUAUUUUUUUGCCUUUUUCGUUAAAAACUUUUGAAUCAUUCUGUAUGAAUAGGCAAAUAGUAUUUUGCCCACAUUGAACAGAAUAGCUCUUUUUAAUGUUAAGCUUAGCUUACCCCUGCAGUUUGAUGUUGUUUUUCUUUUGUUGCCUUUUACUUACCAUUUUGUUUUGAUCUUCAAGGAAGGUGGAUUCAGCCAGGUAACCUUUGACAAAAUGCCUCAGUUGUGUGCAUGGGUGUUUUUACCUUGUGACACUCACAUUGUUGACAUCAAGAUUAUAUUUUUGAUUUUGCUGAUAAUAUGCCAUGGUUAAGGUCAAUUAUUUUGAAAUAGCUUUUUGGCAAAUGCUAGACUAUGUCCUUAAUGAACUUUCCUUAAGAUUGACUUUAAAAAGCAGCUGUAAAGUUAAUUUAUGUUUUGUAUACAUCCUACUUAAAUAUCAAGCCCAUCUUUCAAAGUCUUUACUAACUUGGUCCUGUAUGCCUGAGUUUGAAUGAACUCAGCUUGACUUUACCCCAGCAAUGUAAUAAACCAGUGUUUCCCAACCUUUUCUGUGGUCCUCAUCCCCUACAAAUAUUUUUUACUAGUCUCUCACCCCCUAAAAAAGAUAUUCUAAUUCACACACCCUAAAAAAGUAACAAUACAUAUCAGUAUUUGAAAAAUGGACCUCUAAUUUGUUCAUUGAAUUAACAAAAGAGAGCUUAAUGUGGCUGGAUAGCUGUGAAGUUUAAACUGAGUCACUUGCAAGCUUGUGGAUUGGAGAUCAAUCCUCAGCAAAUGCCUAAACAGUCAAAAACAUCACCAACACCCUGGUGAUUAUGAGACUAUUAAAAUUCUGACAACUCCUGCGACGCUGCCUGUGUCAAGCGGUAUCAUCCACACGCGAUGUUCCCUUGAGUUAUCCAGGUACAUGGAUAGAGAUGAUUAUCCGUCUAGGGUGCAAGCUAAUCCUCCUAAAGAAAAAGCCAGGCCUUGUGGUUGUUUCACUUCUACACCAUCAUCACAUUGUGACGGACGGAUGCCAACUAUAAAAAUAGGGCUUAGAAAAUUAAAUCCUGACUUACAAUAUAAACUAAUAUUUAUUAAGAAUGUUAUUUUAAUAUACAACCAUUUAUGUCAUACUUAAAAGUCAAUGACUAACAAGUUAUUAAAUCACAGUUCCUCGCAGCCCCUGAACUGCCAUCGCGCACCCCAUUGGGGUGCUAGACCCCAGGUUGGGAAACCCUGACCUAAGCCAUCAGAUAUUUCUUUCAUAAAUCUUAUUUUAAUGAUUUCAAAGCAUGGAGAUUCCCAAAUAGUCUGAGAUUUCAGUGUUGUUUAGUUGGUAGACAUACUUGCACAGUGUAUCCAUGCAUAUGCCUAUAGAUGUACACUCUGUGGGACUAGGGUUUAAUUUGGAGAAAUAUAGUUUUAGAUUUUCUUUUCAGCCUAGCACUUGUUGAUAUUAUACUCAUUUAUACCAAAAUUAAAUCUUAAACAUUUUUUUUUCUAUCAAUUAACACCAUUUUUUUAAAGCAAUUUAGUCUAGAGUCUAACAUUCUAAGAUGAAUUAUCCACAGAACCCUCUGUAGUGUGUUUAGAUCAACUAGCUAGUAAAACAAUUUAAGGCUUUUUGGUUUGAGGUUUUAUUUUUAAAUUAAAAUUUACAGCAAAAAAUUAGUCUCAAGUUCUCUAGCAGUAAAACUGAGACUACUUAGUUAUUGCCCAUGAUUGAUCCAAGAUUCACUUUGUUGUCUAGAUGUGUUGAACAGCUUUUCUUCUGUCCUUACUCUAGUCAUGUCUGCUUCUAACAGUCCUCUCCCUUGUCAAGCUUGGUCACACAAAAUCUUGUGCUUUUUAAGAAAUGUUGUAUCUUGGUACAGUGAACGGCCAGCAAUUUCUUUCCAAAGUUAUUUUUACUUGUGUCAUGGAACUAUCUCAAGCCAGUUCCAAUGGAGCUUAUUAUCAAAUUAUCUGCUCUAUUUGAAUUUUUUUUUCUUUCAGUCUACCCAAUAUUUAGCUGAAUUAUCAGCUCAAUAUUUAAUUGACACGUUUAUUAUUUUAUUAAAGCUUUCUUUAAAAUAUAUAUUUUAAUUCACUAUAUAAAUAAUGCUAGUUUAAUCAUUAAAUUUUAUUUAUAAAGAUAAUAUCUUAUUUUAUGUACACUCUUUAACAAAUAUUUUGCUCAUAGAAUAAGUGUAUAUCUGGACAAAGAUUUGAAAUAUAAAUAAAAUUAUAUUUUGUGAAUAAAAUAACACUAUUAACAAACCACAGAAAACGUAUGUCAUUAAAAGUUUAACAAAUAUUUUGCUCAUAAAAUAAGUGUAUAUCUGGACAAAGAAUUGAAAUAUAAAUAAAAUUAUAUUUUGUGAAUAAAAUAACACUAUUCCCCCCCCCCCAACACCUCUCUCCUUUAAAGCACCUGGUAAUUCCUUUCCUUGCAUACUUUUCAAUAACUUGAAAUAAAUAUUUCCAUUUUUAAGUGUGUGAAUUUUAAUGUUGUUUUAACUAGGGCUAUAUCCUAUGCUGAAUGGUAAAUUAAUGAGCCACUUGUUUUCAUUAGAGUAUUCACUAUGAAAUCAACAUGAAAAUGAAAUAAUUUUUGACCCAGAGUGAAGGGCUAACAUUCAACAGAAAUCAGAAUAGUAAAAUUCCUGUGAGGUAGAGCCCUUGUUUGAACACUUGCAACAUGCACCUUGCCUAUUAUAAGAAUAUAUAUUCAUUAUGUCUAUAUGUAUAUGUACUUAACAAGUUGUGUUUACCAGCAUUCACCAUCGCAAAGAAACUGUGCAUGUUGGAUUCAUUAUAAAUAUAAAAAUGCUCCAUAUCUAUUUUAUAUUUCUUCCACUUUCAUUUUAAUUAUUGCAAUAGGGGUAGUCCAAUGUUUCUUGUUUCUUUUUUUUUCUUGGACAACACAAAAUAUUGACAGUAAACUGGGCAUCUAAUUAUGGAAAUAUUGAUUUUUGUCAUACUAGGAAUCAGGUGGGAUCGCUUGUAGAUAACUUUAAGACCGUUCCAGACAGAUUGUGGGCUUUCCUGCACAUUUUCCCCUUGCUGGGAUUUGUUGUGUAUUUUUUAGCAAGUAGUACCUUCUUUUAAUUAACAUAGAAAUGUGAUCAUGUACCGGGUGAUUCUAAUAAAUCCCUGAACUGUCAUUCUAUCUAAAUAGGUUUAAAGAUGUACCUAAUGUAGUCAACUGAUAAGAAGAAAACAAGCUCCAUAUCAGCUCAUAAUUGAGUUUGUGCCUAACCUCAACAACAACAAAAAACAUUUCCAUUUGUGUGGCUAUUUUCUGCCAAGUUUGUCUUUGUCCACCUUUUAACCUGUGUAUCAAUUGGACCUAAAUACUUUUCUGAGACCAACUUUCCCCAUGCCUUGUGUAGUUUUCUCCCUUUGUUUUUUAAUUAUUUUUUGCAUUCAUAAGAACUCCCAUGUUUUUCCUACUUGCUAUUUUAUUAGCUUACAAAAAAAUAAUGAUUUUAAAUUAAAUAAUAAAACCAGCUUCCUAUUUGAAAUAGGAUACAAUCAGUUCUGUUUUUCCCCCAUCAGUGCUGUUGCAUGGGAAUAAUUUCCGUGCUGUUUCUCUUUAGGUACUGAGGUAUUCCCAGUCGGACUGGAAUAAAAUGAAGCAAGAGAUGGAGCUGAAUUUCCAGGCCAGUCUGCUGAACAAAGAGAGAGACUGGAGCUUCUUGUUGGGAGAACGUGACAAGAAGAUUGCAGCACUGGAGGAAGCCAACCUCAAAUUGAAACACACCAAUGAGGACAUGAGGUUGGUAGCUGUUGAUACAUUAUUUGUAAAGCUGAGAGAAUUUUCAAGCAUGCUGUUGGGCUUCAAGUUGUUUUAUUAUUAAUUCAUUAUUUAACUAUUAAAUUUAAUAUUUCUGUUUUAUUGCUCACCACAUUAAUUGCGUCUGUGAAUGUUUGUAGGCUGAAAUAUGUGGAUUGUGUGCUUGUAUUUAUACAGAAUGUUUAGUAACAUUUUAAUGUUACAGUCAUGUGAACUGGAAAUGUGGAAUUAAGAUAAAAUAUAUCCACACAAGGUGUCGGUCGCUCUGGGCCAAAGUAAAGGGCUCUUUAUUUCUUGACCUCUAUCCUUUUGUUUAUUUCAGAAUGGUAGUGGCAGAGUUUGAGAAAACAAUAUCACAACAGCAAGGUAAAUCUGAUCAUGGCUUUUGGUUAUCGUCUAAAAGAAUAUUUAAAUUAAAAUUCAUUGAAUAAUCUGUUGUUGAUUUGUGUCAGUUGAACAAUUUUUACGCUAUAUGCAGAAAACAUCGUCACGCGACGUAAUAAAUGUCCAAUAAUAUUUCUUUUUAAUCAGCUGAGAAAGAAAAAAACAAAACAGAUUCCCAGAAAGCACUACAGAAUUUGGAAAAUGAACGAGACCAGGUAAAUUCUAAGAUAACCGUUGGAACCAAAGUUUGCCUAAAAUAAACUCUACAGAUCGCUACUUGAUAAUAGUUUGAAUAAAAUAUGUCUGGAACUUCUAAAGAUUCUGCUCUGUUGUUAGCUGAAAAUAAACAUAGUCACCGACAGUCUUUUACAUUCACACAUAAUAAAUGUACUUUAAAAUAAAUGUACUUUAAAAUUGUCAGGCCAUUGAAGAUCUCCAGUCUGUUGAGACUGCCUUUUCAGACCUACAUCGGCGUUAUGAGAAAAGCAAGUCAAUCAUAGAAGGAUUCAAGAGGGUAAGUAUUUAACUUCUUUAGUUGGUUUUUUUAUUUUUUAAACCCAUAUCAUUUCUCACUGGUGGGCUCCUCUGUUUAUUUAAUCUAAUUAAUCUAUUAAAUAAUAAUAAUACAUUUUAUUUUGUCAGUGUGAGAUCAUCUACACGUUUCAUAUAUUCAAAGUGAAAUAAUAUUCCUGCAAUAAAGUACACAAAUUUGUAUCUGGUUUUCUGUAAUCUUUUUUCAAGAUAUUUUUCACAUGUUCAAAUGUCAUAGCUAUUUGUCUCCUAUUUUCAAAUCAAUAUUGGUCAUAAUGAAACUUAAACCCAUUAGUCCGUUCAGUGUGAUAUAUGGGCAGAGAGUGUGGGCAUACUGCAGAACGUCGCCUGUUAUAUCCUGGGAAUUAUUCACAGACCAGCAGCCAUAAUUUAUCAGUGGAAAUAACUGUGAUGGCAUUUUAUUCAUCAAUUAAAUGUAAUUAACCCUAACUUGAAGUGUACAUCUAAACAAACAAUACAGCAUCUGCAUGUCAUCUGUUAAUUUCGAUCAAAGUAUUUUAAAAGAAUUAAAUGAAAUUUGUUGGCACUGGCACAGGGGUUCUAACCUUUAUUGAAGCUCCGCACACACACGCACCCCCACCCCACCCCUGAUUUGAAAAUAUACCCAGCAUCCCCAUCUCCAUUUCAAAACAUACUUCCUGCACGCCCGACUGUAAAAGAUGCAGAUAAAAAUGCAAAUAAACUGUAUUUUCUGGUCCUGAUAGGCUUUAAAAUUUUAAUCUGCAUGUGUUGAGUUAUUGUAAUCUCAAUCAUACAGACAAAGUAAUGAUAUUUUUAUCUAGUUUCUAUUGGGAAAGGGGCAUCCAAAGUGACAUCCUUGAUCAAAACCUUCAUUUAAUAUAGGCCGAAUGAAGCGUUCAGUUUAUGGUUCACUUUAAACCUUUGAAUGGCGUGGUCCAUGAAUGAGUUAUUUUCCAUCAGUUUUGUUUCUGUCGUGAUCAUUUAUUUCUUCCUGACCAUUGUCCUCUACAGAAUGAAGAACAGCUGAAACAGUGUGUUGAUGAUUUACAAAACAAGUUGAAAAAGGCAGAGAGCAAAUUACAAGCUCUGAGGUCUCAAGCAGAGGAAAAGUUGGAUAAGUAAGCCCAGAUACACAUGCACAAAUUCAAUGUUGAAAAAAUUUAGGGUUGAAUUUUACUUUCAAAACAACAUAAGUCUUUCUUAAAAGUAAAAUAUAAUUAUUGGUUGUGCUCAAGUUCUCUACAAAAUAUUAAAAAGCCGUUGAAUUUCUCUUGUUGAAUAUUUCCAUUUUCUUCCCCUUUAUUACCGCUGCUCGCAACUCAUGCUGUUGCCAGUGUUUAUUUUUGGAACUGAUGUCGGGCACUUGUAUGAAACAGAAGCAUCCGACCUGGCAGGGAUGAUGAAUGUCGUACUUGUAAACAAGUUCACUCUCUGGUCUCAGUUUCAUUCACCUCUCGCCGAGGUCAAGGUGUGAGUUGUGCACACGUGUGUAUUGUGCACACGUGUGUAUUGUGCACACUUUGUGUACUGUGACGUGCAAAGCCAUCUCAAGAAUGAAGAAUGAGAGCGCCGACAAUCAUGCCAUUAGAACACUCUGCAAUUUUAUUUCAUGAUCAUAUUACUGACAUCUAGUUCCCACACGGUAACCACAAUUACUAUGCCUAAAGAGCAGAAGAAAUGUGCAGCUACCAGGCUGCCGAGAGUGAGAGUUGACCUCAAUCGUCGUUGUCUUCAACCCUAAAUGGACUAAUAAAUCACUCUUCAUCCAACAAAGCCCUGUGUUUAGUGUGCAAUGACACCAACAUUACUUUCAAACAGUCAAGUCUCAAGGGGCAUUUUGAUGCCAAAUGCUCACAUGUACAGAGACCAGUGAUCAGCAGAAGACUGAAGCUCUCACCUUAAAGAAAUUAACCUGAAGCCGCAAGGACAUGACAUGCUCAUCCCAAACAUGGAAGCUGAGGUGGGGGCAUUCGAAGCAGAGCUGAUUGUAUGGGGAGGAACAGCUUCAUAAGGGUGACUGUUCAUUUCCCUCACCUCCCCCAGUGUGAUGCAGCCCUCGUUGACACAAGAAUGCAUCAGUGUGCUUAACCCUGUGGAAUGAAUUCUCUUUGCGCUUCACUGAUGUGCGUUGUCAUUUGCGAGAGGAGAGUUCAAGAUCGUCAGCACUCCUUUUGACUUUCCUUAUGACGACACCUCCUUUGAUGUGCAAUUGAAGUUGAUUGAGCUGGAGGCUUUGGAUGUUCUUGUGUCCAAGUUAACUUCUUGCACCACUCCCAUUGACUUCUACACUCGGCUACCACAUCCUCAAUUUCCAAUGUUGUUAGCCCAUGCCAAGCGUGUGAUGGCAAUGUUUGGCAGCACUUAUUUGUGUGAGCAGUUGCUCUCCAGGAUGAAGUUUUCUAAGGGCAAGCUGCACUCUCAUCUCACUGACGAUCACCUAAAUGACACUCUGUUGCUGAAUGCCUCAUCAUUAGAGACUGAUGUUGUAACUGUGUCUAAGAUCAUGCAACAUCAUGUUUUCCAUUGAUCAUACCGUAUUUUUGAAUAAAACAACCUUUCCUUUACCACCUUGUUUCUUAUGGGCUAGUGCGCCCUCUUGACCUCCUGAAACGAUAUCAUAUUUUGAAAAGCUUGCAGACUGCUGGUUUACAUGUAUUAUUUUUUUCUUAUUUCAGAGCCAAUGAAGACAUUGAGAAAAUCAAGAAAUCUACCAAACAGGACAUUGUACGUUUGGAAGCUGCACUAAAGAAAUCAGAGUUACGCACAUCAAAUUUAGAGGAAAGUUUGCAAAGAAAAGUUAGUAGUGUUAAAUGCUUUUGAAACAAUCCUCCAUCUCCAUUUUUUAAUAGAGGAUGCUUUGCCUUUUUAAAACCUUUAUAUUAACUUCGCUUUUGUUUGUUGCUGGCUGGAAAAAUCUUUGGAUGGCUAAUUGACCCACUUUCCAUCAACCUAUCGAGCUGAAACUUGGCACCUAGGCUCAUGGCCGAAGACAACACAUUUUUUCAAAUUUUAGCCCCACCCCCAGCCCCCAAAAAUCAGUUUAUCCUGUUUUUCAAUGGGAAGGUGAAGGAAAUAUGAUGUCACUUAUUUCAAUAAAAAUAGAAUUCCAGACAAAUUCAGCUAAAUGAGAUACUUUUUUUUUUUAAAUAUCGCAAGUGCAUAUGGUGCGUAAAAUUUUCUCUUUUUUUUUUUUUUUUUUUUUUUUUUUUUUUUUUUUUUUAAAUUAAUCUGCGGGUGUAAAAGCGGGUGAAUCAUUAGAAUAUUAAUAUAAGUUUGGGGGUUGUACAAAAUGUGCUGUUGCGACGGGGGGGGGGGGGGCACUAAUGGGGUUCCUUAUAAAGUGUGUUACUCCAAGGCAUGUGUUGUCAAAUUUUCAACCCCAGCCUCCAUUGCUCAAUAUUACAUUUUAUAAAAAUUUAUAUGACAAAAUUUGUUUUUAAAGGUUGUUUAAUUUAAGUAUAUCAUGUACUCCAAUUUAUUUAUAGGACUUUUAAAGUAUUUCAGUAUUAUUUAUUUAAAAAUAAAUAAUUAUUUAAUAAUAUAAUAUUUUAUUUUGAAUUAAUUAAUAUGGUAAUGAUUAUUAAAAUAACUAAUUGAAACUCAAAAAAUUAAUGAGAGUUAGCAUAAUGGAUUUUAUAGGAUUUAUGUGGAAAUUUUUUAAUGUGCAAAAUCAGCAUUUUGACAAAUAAUUUAGGGAUAGCAAAAAUGUAUUUCUUUUUAAUAAUUUAUUUUAGUAGUCUCAUAUAAAAUAUUAUUAUUUUGAAUCUAGGAAAAAGAAAACCAAGAACUAACAGCAAUAUGUGAUGAGUUGAUAGCUAAAGUUGGCUCAUAGUUUAGGCCAUGCUGACAUUACAUCAUUAUGAGACAGUUGGUCAGCUCUAUUAAUGUUAUAUGCAACUCGGCUGGAUGAAUGAGAUAUAUAAUGAUCAGCUGUUCUCAGGUGCUAGAAUUAUAAACACAUCAAAGUGGCUUACAUCGCAACUCUUUACACAAACUUGUAAAAACUGCCAGUAGUUGGUUGUGGACGUAUUCAAACAUUGAAUAUAUUUCAUAUUCCAUGUGGAUGUAUGGCUGAAUGAAGGUGUGCUGCUUAGACUUGGACUGAACCAGAGAAUUUCAUUCGCUUUGAAAAAAUUUGUCCUUAUUUAUGGACACAUUCCAAGAUGAAGGACAAGUAAUCCAGCGUCUGCAAAAGGAGAAAAGCAAUUAAUCAUCCUUGCCCUUUCGUGUGCUGUUCUGUCCAUUUCAUCUCUUUUGAAAGUGGACAUAAAUCUGAUUGGUUUUUAUCUAGAUUUUCAAUUUUAAAACACACAAGUUUGCAUCUGUCUCUAUUGCAAAGGUUUCAGUUUUAAAAAUAGAAUAAAGAAAAUCAAGGCACCAAAUAUUUCUAGUCAGUAUAUCUUUUACAAAUAAAGUUGGGUAACAGCACAAAUAAUAAUUUAUUAGAAGCAUACCGGUCUUCCUCAAUUUUCACUUAAUUGUGUGAUAAAAAAUGAACAUUUUCAUUUUGCUUUCAAUUUUUUUGCAAUUAGAAAUAAAAUUUAUGUGAUAAUAUCCUGAAAAUUAAAAACUACAUCUUUUAUUUAUUUUUUCCUAUUUGUGAUUUUUUUCUCUGAUUUUUCUAUUCACCAGUCUAAUGUUGAAAAAUGUAAUUUAGUUCCUGGUAAUGAUCAUUUGUAUAGAAGAUUGUAAAUAUUAUCAAUAUUACAUUUCUUAAUCCCCCCUCAUACUAAAAUUAUCACCAUGUUGACAGUAAAAUAGGGAAACUUCACAUACAUAAUUUUAUUUAAGCUUCUGGCUUUUUUUUUUUCAAAUGUACGUCUAGCUUUUGAAUAAUUAAUCCUUCAUUGCCUUCAUGCAAUGUGUAAUGCCUUUCUCAAAGUAAAAUAAAAAAAUGUUUGCAAGAGAAUGAAAGUGUUGAUUGAUAGCUAGCAACAGAAUUUUGCAUUUCUGUGAUGUCUGUUACAGUUUUGAUCCUUUCUUGUGCUUAUCCUGGCUGUGUUAUAUGUAAAGAAGUAAAAAUCUCAUGUAUUUAAACUGGCUCUUUCAAACUAUAAAUGUCAUUUUAUAUAUCUCUGUUUAAACCUUCUUGGUUCUUGUAUCUUUCAACAAAGAAAGCUUAGGCAAGGCAAUAUGAAUAGACAAAAAAGUAAAUUUGAAUGAAUGUAUGAUAGUAGGUUGCUUAUCAGUGCUAUGUCAAUGAUUCAUUUUUAAAUUUUGAAUAGUUUACUAUUUUCAGAAAGUGCUUUGAAUGUUUUAUCUUGCUUGAGAAUAAAUGAGUGUAAGUGACUCUUGUAAUGUAUAAGACUUAAAGGGAGCAGAACAUUGCCCUAUUGAUUUCACUCACAAAAUUUGUUUUAAUACCGUAACAGAUACAUUCAGAAGUGAAGAUUUUUUUUUAUUGCAGUCUACAGUGAGAUUCUUUGGUAUCCCAUGAAACUACCAAAUGUAUUCCUAAUUUUGACUGAUCUUUUGAUGAAUGAUUACUUUCUCUAUACUAGACCCAAUCUGUGACCCUUAAAAAAACUAAAGAGAUAACUAAUGAAAUUUACAAGUCUGGAACACAUCCGUAAUUUUAAAAUUAAAUAAAUCACUGUUUACUGUAUGAGAAGAAAUUCUAUUUUUAAUCUAUGUCUAUACUAAAAAAAUUAUUAGUACUGCAAUAAAGAGAACUUGGAGUGAAAUAAAUUUUUAAUUGUUUUAACCACAAUGAAAUCUCUUCUUAUGUUUUCAAUUCAACUGAAUUUCUAACCAUUUCACUCAUGUAUUUCUAAUUCCAGAUAAUUUUAGAAUAAAACAGUUAAAGGAUUAACCUAGUGCCUUAUUUAAUUUGAUUAAUACAUGGUACAACAGUGAGUUAAAAAAAAAACUUACUUAUUUAGUUUUGUAGUAAAAUAUGUUAUCUCAAUAUAUUGCAUUUUUUAAUAAGUUAAAUGAAUUUUUAGAAUUACUUUCCUAACUGCAAGUUUUAAAGAGACCAAUCUAAGCUACUAAUAACGAAUCUCACUAAAGAAAAAUGUGCCAUUCAGUAGAUGUUUACCAUAUACAAUACCUAUAGUAUUGCUGUAGGAAAUAAUUUUAACUACAUGUCUACACACACACCUAUUUUUAAUCAAUCAAUAAAUGAUGUAUAUUGAGCCACCAUGUCUAUAGUACUCCAAUCGUGCUAUAGAUCAGAGAGCUCCGCAACCAAUGUGCUGCGGCACACUUGUGUGCCAUGAGACAAUGAUAGGUGUACCCUGGAAAUAUUCCUCCAAUAGGAUGAAAAACAUGUUCAAACAUAAAUUUGUUGAAACAAGAGGGUCCUUGGUUGACUAAAUAACAAGCUGUCAAAUAGCAAACCUCUGCAUGGUUAAGUUUAGCGGGUCACAUGACAAGUCAUCAUCCCAAUCAGUGGGGUAGCUAGGGUUAGUGCUGCCCAAGGCCAAAGAUGCUUUUUUAACAUAAAGAAAAAAAUUUGCCCCCCCCCCCUUACUUCCCCUUUGCACACUCCUUCUUAUGACACUGAUCCUAAUGUGUCUGAAGCGACUGUUCAAAUAUGUCCCUUUCGCUCAAAUUGACCUUUGAUUCCACACUUUUCAAGCCUUUACUGUUUAAUAUUUUGAUUGUCGGUCAUUAAUUAAUUAUGUUUUUUACAUUACAAGUUUAAACAUUUCAUCACCAAUAAAUUUAAAAAAACUAAGCUCCCUUCCACACACAUCACAUCCUGUGAAGACAGACUGUACUGAAGUUUUUACAUUUUAUUUCUUGGUUCUGUCUCAGACACACUGUUGAUCAUGCCACAAAAUUUGUUUUCAAUACAGCUUUUGUUUUAUUACUUUAGUGUGGCUUAUUUUGUUUUUUUAGCAUUGAAAUGAUUAUGGCAAUCUUACUAUUCUUGCACAUGAAUUUCAUGAGUACUUAAGUUUGUGGUCACUGCUUUUCUUGUGCCAACAAGGAUAACGAAUAUUUUCAGCUAAUAUUAAGUCAAAAAUCUUUUAAGCAAAGGCCAAAAAUUAGAUUGUCCCUGAAUAAUAAAUUAUUAGCACUCCAGAAAAAAACACAUGCCAUUGAUGAAACCCUUAUGAAACCAGAAUGUAAGGAAAUCAUUUAAAUGAUGCUUUGGUUUAAUAAUGCUAAGGAAGUAGAAAACACUUUCACUAUCAGCUGAUAAUAUUUAAAGAAGUAUUGAUGAUAUGUCCAGUGAUAUUUUUUCGGUCGUGCUCAGUACCGCUUCUGCAGAUUGUUUUGUCAGUGAUAUUUUGGAAACAGAAAAUUGGACAUGGCGCAACAACAUCUAACAUUGCAACAUCUAAUAUUCCCACAUCUCAAAUUGGCAUAACAACAUGUAACAUUGCCACAACAUCUAACAUUGCUGCAGAAACAAGUUGGCCCAAACUUUUGUACAGUAAAUACAGAGCAAUACAACUGGGUCCGAAACACUUUUGCUUUAUAUGUCCAACAUUCUACAGAAGUACAAGUACAAUCCCUCUAGGUCCAAGUCGAAUUGAAGAAUGGCAUUUAUUCAAAUUUACGGAAGUUCCAUUGAAUGUCUUCUGGGUUUUAGUAAAGGGAGCAUGUCCUAGACUUACCAACGAGGCUAUUGCAGUUCUGCUGCGUUUUUCAACCACUUGUAUAUGUAUAUGUGAACAAAGUUUUUCUACUUGUUUUACUAAAAAAAAUGAUAGUGUACUUCGAGUUUCUCUACAUUUUGCCAAAUAUAAAACAAUUAUUUUCAGCAAAACAGGCUCAAACUUAUUAGUUUUGUGAAAAUUAAAUCUUUUAAUUUGUGCAUGCAUUUCUUAAAUUUUUUUCCUAUGUUUUUUUAUAGUGAUAUUUGCAUAUUAAAUAUGGAAAAACAGUUUCAUGUUACUUGGUCAUUGGUAUAAAUUAUCUAUUGACUCAUUUUAAAGAACACAUUUAAAAGUAAGUUUGCAAGUGUAAAAAGAGUAAAUCAGAUGUGUUUUUUAAAAUCAUAUUUUAAUUGUGGUGGAUCUGGGUGUGCUGGAGUGAAAAAAAAAGGUUGUGGAGCACUGCUAUAGAUGAUUUCUUUGUACUUCUGUCAUUUUUACCAUACAAUAAAUUUAUCCUGUGGCACACCCCCCCCCCCCAAAACACAUUUUAUCAUAGCUUUAAUAAGUUUGUGAGUGUUCCAUUAAUGAGCAUUGUAUUUAUGUUUAACUUGUGUAUCUCAUUUUUAAAUGUUGUAGGUGACAGAUAUUUAUAAUGCACUCCAAUGAGAGAAACAUAUCACAGCUGACAAAAACUGAACACAUUCUUAAUUAAACAUAUUUCUGCACAUGAUUUAUGGUUGGCUUCCUACUAGUUUUAUUUUUCUAAGCUGCUGAGAAUUUUCUGCAUCUCUUUGCAUUUGAUUUUAUUUUUUUUUUAAAGAGACUUUUGCUUUUGAAAGCUGAUUUUCCAUGCUAGUACCAUUAUUAGAAGUAUUGAAUUCAUUGAAGCCACUGUCAGCUCUUUUAUUCAACCAGCACCUCUGAUACUGAGGCUGGUAGUUCAUUGAGCUGUCUAUAAAUGCUCAUUGAUUAGAAUUGUGUUUAAUGACAGGUCAUGUCAUGUUGACAUGAAUGAGUUUUGAUAAUUUCUUACUUGACAUCAUGUCUAUUAAUUUCUAAAGUCACUCAAUGGAUUGGUAAUAAAACAAAUUUGAAAUGAUAAUGAUACA